AUGGACAUCGCCGGGCUCCCUUCUGACAUCCUCGUGGAGGUGACUGCGAGCAUCGCAACGAGGUCCGCGACGCCCCUCAGCGACAUUGUCAACCUCCGGCAAUCGUGCAAGGUGUUCCGCGAUGCGACAGCGGCAAGGAAGGUCGGGCGGUGCAUGGCCGUGCACAGGGAGUGGAGGCUGCACUGGUGGGACAAGGCGAGGUUUCUGUCCGUGCUCCGGCGGUGCGCCACAAGUGGCAACCCCGAGGCAUCCUACAUCCUUGGAUUGGAGGAGUUCUGCAACCGGAGGAGAGAAGCAAGCGGGCUCCGGCACCUCCUCCAAGCCAUGGAGCACGGACACGCCGCCGCAGCCUACAUGAUCGGGAUGAUCACGUUGCACGACUCGCUGCGCUCGCCGGGCGGCGCCGAGCAGGCGCUGGAACGCUUGGACUGCUUCUCCUCCGCGCCUGCAUCCGCUGGCCCCAGCAGGACAAGGCGCGGGAUGGCCUCCGUGCGCAGAGAGGCCGUGUCGGUCAUGCGCAGGCUGACGUUGCGUCGGUGGAGGAUGGCGGAGCCUCCAACGCCCUGCGCGAAUCCGUGGUGCGGCAAGGUAGAGUCGAAGACGGCGGAGGCCUGGGACGGCGAUGGCGACGACGAGAGGUGGUUUUGCAGCCGGACUUGCUGGUGGAAACACGAGUACUGUAAUUUUAUCGAUAAGAUCUAA